AUGUCCUUCGAAAUAAAAAAUAAUUUCUUUCGAACUAGUGUACCAAUUCCUAACGGUUUUCCUGUGCAAACGGAGGCGAAAUCUAAGAAUAAACCCAUAUUUCUGGAUGUAUCACCAGCGCCUACACCUAAAGUCAACUCUCCGAAUGCGAUUAUACCCAUGAAGAAUAAUCUAAUAGAUCCAUUUAUUAAUAAGGACAUAAUUUAUGAAAACAUUAAACCUGUUUUCAUGGUUCUCAGGAUAAUGGGGGUUCUUCCUUUAACCAGAACGACUUCAGGGGUGAAUGAAUUUCAUUUUAUAUCACCUGCGAUGGUUUACUCACUCACCGUGUUUAUUAUUCUUGUUAGUUAUAUUUCGUAUUUAUCUCUUCAUAAAGUUCAAAUUGUACGCAACUCCGAAGGGAAAUUUGAAGAAGCCGUCAUCGAAUACUUAUUUACCGUGUAUCUGUUCCCGUUGACUGUCGUGCCAAUUUUAUGGUAUGAAACACGUAAAAUUGCCAACGUUCUGAACGGUUGGGUCCAAUUUGAGGUAACAUAUAAGCAACUCUCAAAUCGGAUUCUUCCAGUUAAACUCUACAAAAAAUCAUUAUUGAUUGCAAUUAUAAUACCUAUUCUAUCAACCACUUCAGUUAUAGUGACGCAUGUUACCAUGGUACAUUUUAAAACAUCGCAAAUCAUCCCUUACGUUUUCCUUGAAAUUUUGACGUACAUGCUUGGUGGAUACUGGUAUCUUCUCUGCGAGAUAUUAAGUCUUUGUGCCAACGUCUUAGCCGAUGACUUUCAACAAGCCCUUCGCCACGUAGGGCCAGCAGGAAAAGUUGCAAAAUACCGCGCCCUGUGGCUUCGACUUAGCAAAUUAGCCAGAAACACUGGAGUCGCGAACUGCUACACCUUCACAUUCGUCAAUCUCUACUUAUUUUUAAUAAUAACUCUAUCAAUUUACGGACUACUCAGUAAAAUUUCCGAAGGCUUUGGAACAAAAGACAUUGGUCUUGCUUUAACGGCUCUUUGCAGUGUAUUCCUACUCUUCUUUAUAUGUGACGAAGCACAUUAUGCUUCUCAUAACGUGAGAACAAACUUUCAAAAGAAACUGUUAAUGGUGGAGCUGUCGUGGAUGAACACAGAUGCACAAACUGAAGUGAACAUGUUCCUUCGAGCCACUGAAAUGAAUCCAUCUCAGAUCAGUCUUGGAGGAUUUUUUGACGUCAAUCGUACUCUUUUCAAAUCGUUACUAGCAACAAUGGUGACGUACUUAGUGGUGUUACUACAAUUCCAAAUUAGUAUUCCGGAUGCGACGCAGCCAGAAAUACCAACAAACAUAGAUGAUCACGUGCAAAAUAUAACGGACACCACAACAGAAGCAUCUUCACCUAUUUCAACCUUAAUGAGCGCUUUUGCGAAAAGAAAAAAUGAUUGAAAACCAGGGAUACAAAUUCAUUCGAUUUGUUCAUUUAUAACUGGCCAGGCUUAUCUACGACUAGA